AUGCAGGGUUCUCUCAGCAGGGUACACGCCUUCUCCCCUGCCUGUGUCCACGCCAUCGAAAGGUCCAACGAUGGCUUACAGCAUCCAUCCCACCGCUCCGCCGUGGCGUCAAAAGGCGAGGAGUCAAGCAAGAAGAUCAACAACAAGAGGGUAACGAAGCUGCUCUUGCUCCUGAAACCCAGAUGGAGCAUCUCCCAAGCCUUCAGAUCGCUCUCCAGGCGAGCCAAGAACGAGGCAGCCAACAACAUGGAUGCCGACCGCGACGACGAAAGCGAUGUGGAGACAUUCGUGUCCGCUAACAGCUCUGAGCUGCGCUCCUUCUGCACCGACAACGACGACUCGGAGCUCCCGUCGUUUCACCUCAGCUCACUCAUCUUCCCAACAGGCAGUCUGGAACGCCCUCCGGUCCCAGCCUCUCCCAUGAAGAUCGUCCAGACGCUCCCGUUCGGGUAUGUCAUCGGCCGUCAGCCGGAUGCCCCCGCGCUGCCGCCGACGCUGGCAAGGAACAUCAAGAAGGUGUUGCCAAUGAUGGCCGCGCUGCACCUCCGGUCGAGAUCGCAGAUGGUCAAGAAGAAUGUGGUCCGUGCUUUGAAGGAAACAUUUCGGCGAGGUAGGCGCGGAGGUGCUGAAGAAGGCGAUGGCUGCGGCGACGACGAAGAUGUGUUCUGGAAGAAGGACGUGAGGGGACUGCGCUGCAGGCGGGUGGAGGACGACGGCGCUCCUUACUGAAAGGGCAGGGCACGAGAAGAGGGAGGAGGCUUGUUUCGCUGUUCACAUGUAAGCUGUGGCUGUGGUUUCAUGCGCUGCUUCCUGCAUAUGCUUUUCUUGUGGCGUGGUUGUCGAGGAGAAUUUGGGAUAGAUCGGACGAAAAAUAUAUAGUCGAUAUAUCUUGUACCUAUUUUUCCUAGUAUUCAAAACGUGUUCAAGAAAUUAUUCGUUCAGUUAUAUUGUUGGCAUCAUUCUCUACCUAGAUUGGUCUUAUAACACUACUGCUAUUGAUA